AUGGCUAACCCAGAAACAACGCAAGUGAUGUCCUUGCCAUUACCCCCAGCACAAUACAUAAAUCUCUACACAGACGAGAAUAUUCGUAAAAAUCGCGCCCCGCGGCCGCCUCCACCGAAUUUGGACACUUACUCGAUGUUUGGAAAUAUUUACAGCAACGAUGAAAUGAUCCGGUCCCUGGAGAGUCAGGGAAUCAAGCGUCUGAUCCCGCAGCACUUCGAUCGUCGCAAAGAAUUGAAGAAAUUGAACCAUUCGCUGUUCGUUAACUUCCUGGAUCUCAUCGAUUUGUUGGUGCAUUUCCCGGACAGUCCCAGGAGGACGGAGAAGAUUGAAGACCUGAGUAUCCUUUUCGUUCAUAUCCACCAUCUUCUGAACGAGUUCCGGCCGCACCAGGCUCGGGAGACUCUGCGCGUGAUGAUGGAGAUGCAGAAGCGCCAGCGUGUCGAAACAGCUUUGAGAUUCCAGAAGCAUCUUGAUCGUGUCAAGGAAAUCGUUAAAAAUGCCUUUGCAGCUCUCCCAGAUCCUGUCGACAAUGAAAGCAACCUCAGUGAUUCAAUUAAAAUGGAGUUGGAUGGCGAUAGUAACAGCAGCGAUAAUAACAUUGACGGUUGCCAUCCAUUAGAUCGACUUAUGUGUAAAAUAGCAGAUAAAAUUCAAUAAGAGAGUCAUUAGGAUCUUUCGAUUGAUGACGUGAUAUUGCAGACUAGUUCUAAGAUUUGUAUGAGAUUGUUAUCUGAUCUAUCAAUUAGUGAUUAAGGGCUCGAAAUAGUAUUUUCGUGAAUAUACAUAUGAUAGAUGAUAUGAAAGUUAUUACAUGAAUGGAAUGCCAUUUAUUAUCAUUUGCCAAAAUAAAGUAAAGAACAUUAUAGUUAUU